AUGACUUCGACAAGCACUGGCAGCUGGGCACAGUUGCGACAACAGGCUCGGUCACUCGAAACUCAGACUGAUGCCUUGUUCCACACCUACUCUCAAUAUGCGUCUAUGAGCAGCAUCCCUGCCAAACCAGAUGAAGACGAACAACGAACUGAAGCUCAGCUACAAGACAUACUCGAGAGGCGCUCAGCCCUCAUCUCCCAACUCUCGCGCCUACUCGACUCUGAACCAACCGCCUCCGCCCUGAAAUCUACAAACUUAGCUCGUCACCGAGAACUUCUACAACAACACCGCAGAGAGCUCGACAGGCUCAAGUCCAACAUUGGCCAUCAACGAGACCGUGCCAACCUUCUCUCCAACGUUCGCAACGACAUCAAUGCCUACCGUGCACAGAACCCCGAGCAAGCAGAGGCAGACUACAUGCUGGACGAGCGCAGUCGCAUAGACAACAGUCACAAUAUGACCGACACGGUCCUCACACAGGCAUAUGCCAUCAACGAGCAAUUCGGCAUCCAAAGAGAGACGCUUACCAGUAUCAACCGUCGCAUUGUGGGAGCCGCUAGCCAAGUUCCUGGAAUCAAUAGCCUGAUCGGCAGGAUAGGUAACAAGAAGCGACGAGACGGCAUCAUCAUGGGCAGCUUCAUCGCAUUCUGCUUCCUAAUAUUCAUGUACUUUUGGUAG